AUUUUUCAAAGAUUAAUUCCCAUUUAUAUAACUUUAAUUAAUUAAAAAGUUGAGAUUAAAAAUCGUCUUGAAAAACUUUCUUGCGCGAGGAACUGCCAUAACGAUGUCCACACCCCCCUGCCGUUCUCAGACACGUGGCUACAUUUGAACAUAUAUUAUAUAUUUGUAUGAUUUUGAAACAUUGAGCAUUUAAUUUCUUUCCAAAAUGUUUCGAGGAUUUUCCCGUGUUCUUUCAAACUACUCAGGUAUUUGAUGACAUUUUUGUCCAAUUUUGAAAACUGUAAAAUUGAUCAAAGUAUAAAUAUUAAAAUUUUGCUUUGAUUGUCAGAUUAUAUAUUGAGGUUUAUACUGUGUUAUAAAUAUGAUCAUGACGUUUGGUUUUACAUACAGUAUAAUAGAAUUGCCUUGGACUUCUAAUCAUUUGCUUUUAAUGCUUAAAUUUUCUGAUUCUCUUCACAUUAUUUUUUAGCUAUCUCAACUUUACCCAAAUGUGUUUGUUCAAAUAUUCAAGCUUCUCUGAAGGUUGGAAAAUGGAUACAUAUGCAGUGUUAAUUAAACCAAUGAUAUGAAGGAAUAUAUACGGUUUAAAAUAGUGCAUCUCAGUACAAAAAUCUAUUUCUCUGUAACGAGAGAUAUCUCUGAUCAGUAGCGUAGCCAGCCCAACGAUUUAGUCCCGCUAUGCAAAUAUUUUCGUGUUCAUUGAUUGUGAAAACAAUCAAUUUCUAAAGAAAUGAAUAAUGAUAAUAAUUUUGAAUUUGCAUAGCGGGACUACAUUGUCGGGCUGGCUACGCCACUGUCUCUGAUAUAUACAAUUUGCCAUAGCUCAGUUAAAUUAUUGGCAUGUCCCGACUAGAAUUCAAAGUCUGGCUAUAUGUUAAGUCAUGGCUGUGCAUGGAUGCUGCCCAGCGGGCAAAAUGACGUUUAUCCAACGUUGAAUCAACGUUGGAAAUGAUCUUCCAGACGUUGGAUAGACGUUGAAAAAGGGUUGACUAUGCAAAUUGGAUCGACGUUACUGUUUCGACGUUGAAGCAACGUUGAAAUUAGGUUGCCAAUCUCGUCAACCAUAAUUCAACGUUGAAUCCACGUUAAAACAACGUUGAGAUUGGUUCACAAAUCGACGUCGUACAUUUAACCAUGAAUGAACGUUAAUUCAACGUCUGUUGACUACUGUUGAACCAAUGUUUGUAAAACAACGUCAGAGCAACGUAGAUAUUAGGUUGUCGACGUUGCAACCUUUUUUCUACCACAUUUCAACGUUGAAACAACGUCGUGUGCCCGGUGGGUGUGGUCUUGCCAAUUGUCAUAACCAGCACCACCGAGAGGUUGCACCGAACCCGGGACAAAACUUUUCCAGGGGGGGCCCUAUGAUGUCAUGAUUGUAAAAUGAGAGAAGCAGUGUUUUACAAGAUUUGACACUUUAUCACUUUAUUGCAUUUUAUCUGACACUAAUGCAGCUUGGAUUUAUAAUCCCAGUUAUAAGCAAUCUUGUAUCAAAAAAUUGUAAGGGUCUUUGUUGCUGUGGGGUGGGACCCAGGGAAAAGUGAUUCCCCUCUUGGUAGCCUUGGUCAUAACAGAUGUAAUCUGGGAUUGAUAUACCGGUACCUGAUAUAAGGAACAGUUAACAAAUUGAUUUUUCCUGCAAUUUCGCAUUACUUGUUCCUGGAAUGUUUUGUCUGGGCCUGGCUUGCUCAUCAAAUGUCUCAUACUAUGAGUUCAGUUUUAGUUUAUUCCAAAUAAUUUAUUUAUUAAACGGAAAUCAUUUGUGAAUCGGAUGCACAUGUGCAUUGCUGUUUAAUCCAUUAAGCUGCAGAGCUUCCCAAUUUAUGAGUAAAAUCGUCUGGUACUGUACGUGUUAGACAAGUAAAAAAAAGUAGGGCACAUUGCGGCUCAAUGGGUCAACUAGAGACAUUGUUAGAUUUUUUGGUUAACCCAUUAUUAAAGCCGCAGAGCUACCCCAUUGACGAGUAAAACAUCUGGCAUUAGACAAGUAAAAGAAAAGUAGGGUGUAUUGUGGCUCAAUGGGUUAAUGAGGUGACACAUAUGAUUCAUUUUGGAAAGAUAUACUCCAAACCAUGCAAUACAUGCAGGCAUAUUGACAGUGUACUCAUUUAUUUAACCCAAUAAUGUGCAAGACUCCUCUAGCAUUAGGCAGAGUAGAAUAACAAAGUCAGUGGCAUUUGGGCGAGCAUCGCAGCUGAUUAGAAUUGGUUUUAAAAAACCUUAAUUGGCAUAAAUUUAUUUUUAUUUGCAGCUGAAGCAUGUCAAUAUUUAUAGAAUAUUGUCAGGUUAGUAAUAAACCAUAAAUCAAACCUGAAAUUUAAAAAAUGUCUAUGAAAUUCAAAAUUAAACACAUGUAAACUGAUAUCAGCAAUGUGUGUCAUUUGUUCUGCAGUCCGUGGUUAUGCUGAACCAGCAAAGAAAGCAACAUUUAGUCGUGAAAAACCUCAUGUAAAUAUCGGAACUAUUGGUCAUGUUGAUCAUGGGAAAACCACAUUGACUGCUGCUAUCACUAAAGGUAGGUCCGAUGAGGAGAAUUUAAUUUUGAUAAUAUGUAUUAUACCAUAGGUAAGAUAAUACAUACAAGGGCGGAUUUUCAUUUUUUUAAAAGGAAGGGUGGAAAAAUUUCUAGCGGGUUGCAAGCGGCACCACUGUUGGGCAGGGAUUAGGCGUUAGGGUUAAAUACUUUCACACAAAAUAGAAGGGGUGAAGUGAAAUUUUGGUAGGGUUGAACACUUUAUAAGAGGGGUUAGAGAGAUUCUAGGGGGUUAAACCCUAACCCCCCCCCCCCUCCCCCCAUCACCACCAAAGAAAUCAUAAUCAUGAAGGAGUUUAUAUAUCUGAUACAAAAUCAUGCUGAUUUACAUCAACUUUAAGUUUAAUCUUCUUACCAAAUGUCUUUAAUUUAUUUUAAAUCGUUACAGUCAAACCGGACAUCCCACAAUAUUGCAAUUUUGAUAGGCAGAUUGCUCUGAGAAAAUUGCAACCGACGCAAACAAAUUGCAAGUUGGAAAUUCACAAAAGAUUUGUAAACAAAGCCUCUGAUUGGAUAGCCUGCGAACAGGCUCAAAUCGUGACACGAAAUUCUCAUUGGUCAGAUGCUAUAAUUUAUAUGUUUCCGCUGAGCUCUAUAUAUGUCAACUGCUGAACUAUGCAUAAAAAAUGACAUUAACUGAUCAAAUUGGUCUUGGCCAUUUUAUCUUAAAGCACGAAAUGUUCUGUUUUGAGAAAACAGUAUUUAAUUUAAAACAUUUGAACUUUUGCUUGAAUAUCUUAUAUUUCGAAAAACAGUAUAAACUGUACGGUCUAAAUUUAGUUUGCACGGUCUAAAUUUAGUUUGCACGAAAGUUGUAAACAACACGAUAUAAGGAUAGACAUUCCAUAUUUGGAAAAACGAACGUUAUGGGGCAGAUAUUCAAAUUAAUUAGCCAUCGAUGCAGGCUCUCAAUUCAGCUUGAGAGCCUGUUUGCAGGCUACUGAUUGGAUUAUGAGAAAGAGGGAAGCCAAUCAAGUAGUCUGAGCAACUGGAUUGGUGCUUCCCCCUUUCUUAUAGUCCAGUCAGAGGCUUUGUUAACAAAUCUCUUGCGUCGGUUGCAAAUUGCUCAGAGCAAUCUGCCUAUCAAAAUUGCAAUAUUGUGGGGCAAUAUUGCAAUGUUGCUCGCAAGAGAACAUCCGGUUUGACUGUAACAUGGCUAGAAAGUAAUGUUCCAAUCCAUCUUUGAGAAACAAUUGGCUAGGAAAUUAAACAACCACCGGUAAAUGUUUCCUGGUUGGUCCACCUUUGAGAAACAUGGCUAAGAAAUAAUGUUUCCUGGUUGGUCCACCUUUGAGAAACAAUUAUGGCUAAGAAAUAAUGUUUCCUGGUUUGCCAACUUUCAGGAAACAUGUUAUAAGGAAACAAUGUUUCCUGGUUUGUUCAUUUUUGGGAAACAUGGUUAGAAAACAAUAUUUCCUGUUUGUUCACCAUUGAGAAACAUUGCUAAGAAACAAUGUUUCCUGGUUUGCCAACUUUCAGGAAACAUGGUACUGUUUCCUGGUUUGUCCAUUUUGGGGAAACAUGGCUAGCAAACCUUUUCAACAAUUUUUUAGUCUUGUCCGGGGCUGGUCAAGCGAAGUAUAAAUCUUACACUGACAUUGACAACGCCCCUGAAGAAAAAGCGAGAGGAAUAACGAUCAAUACAGCCCAUGUUGAAUAUGAAACAGAAAACAGACAUUAUGGUCAUGUAGACUGCCCUGGUCAUGCUGAUUAUAUUAAAGUAAGCUACAGUGUUUACUGGUCCAAUUUUAAUACAGAUGUUGUGUUUUAUUCACACUAUCGAAGUUUCUGUGCAUGAAUUAGGAAUUUUGCAUAAUAUGUAAAUUCUAAGUUUUAAUUAAAGGUUGUAAGAAAUGUUUGAGGAAACUACUGUAGCUGACUCAGAGUUAAACAAUGAGUCUGUUCCUUAAAAAUUUUCUUACAAUCCUUCAAAACGUACAAUUUUUUACAAUUUACCUAUGCAAAAUUGCUGCUGUGAUCACAGAAACUUUGAUAGUGUAAACCAGCCUUUCGCGUAAACGUACUGUACCACGCAAUUACAUGUAUAAUUUUUCUCAGAAGAUGAUUCAUAAAUUUUCUUUGUCAAUAUAUACUGUCAGGGCUGCAAAUUACUGUCGGACAUCGGACAAUGUCCGGCUAAAUUUGACAAAUGUCCGAGCAAAAGUAAUUUUGACCGAACAUUCGUCCGAUCACAAAAAAAAAUUGUCACAUUAUACAUUUUUUUGCUGUCAGUGACAAAAUCCGAUUGCAAAUUCACUCAAUUUGGCAUUCUAGCAUUUUACUUCACGUUGCGCCGGAAUGGCUAUACAUACUUGUCUCGUGACUUAUAUAUAUCUUGUGACAUAUAUAGUGGUGUUGGUUUUUGUCCGACCAAAUUCAAGUUAUGUCCGACCAAAAUUAAAAGUGAUCGGACAAAUGUCCUGUCAAGUCAAAUAUUUAUUUGCAGCCCUGUACUGUAGUUGUAAACUUUACCACCCAUCUGCUAGGCUAUUCCAUAACGCUUUUGAAUAAAACUCACACUAAAGGAAUGUUGAAUGUUAUGUUUUUGUCAGAAUAUGAUAACGGGCGCAGCUCAAAUGGACGGAGCGAUCUUGGUCGUUGCUGCUACUGAUGGUCAGAUGCCACAAACUAGAGAGCAUUUACUGCUUGCUAAUCAGGUACUGUAGUGUACACUGCUUACAGCUCGUCAAUAAAAUAAGACGUGUUCACACUGCUUGUUCCCACUUGUUAACAAGUCUGGAACAAGUUGUUAUCAUCUUGUAACAAGGUUGAUGAGGCCAACAGACUUGCAACAAUUUGUUUUAACAAGUCUGAUAUCAUCUGCACGUAACAAGUUGUUAACUACUUGAUGACAACAAGCUCGUAGAAAGUUGUUACGAACAGCCUGUAUUAGUGUUGUUGGAACAACUUGUAGCGAGUGUGUUACCGUCAUCAACCUUGUGACAUGCAGGGUGAUAAUAACUUGUUCCAGUCUUGUCACAACAACUGGGAACAAGCAUGAAAGUGCGAACACAUCCUGACAUCGGCUUGACAACAAUCUUGUUGCAACUGGUUUGCAGAUUUGUAACAGCUUGCACGUUUUUACGUGUGUAGCAUAGCGUAGUGUACUAUGAUAUAUAUGUACAGUAUACUGUAUUCCAUCAGUGUUUUACAGUAGUACAGAUCCAAUGCAUACUAUUGUAGGUUUCACUAUUAUUGUCGUGUUUAGGUUGGAGUGAAAAAACUUGUAGUUUAUGUGAACAAAGCAGACAUGGUUGAAGAUCCAGAAAUGUUAGAGUUGGUACGUAUACAGUACUGAGAUGGUAUUCUAUAAUCGUGUACACACAUACUCAGGGAUGCCGGAAGAUCGAUAAUAGCGGGUGCAGAUAUUCAUAUAUUCGUGUUCACAGACUGUAAAAACAAUCGAUUUCGAAAGAAAUUAAUUGGGCAGAACGCGAAUAUAUGAAUAUCUGCACCCGCUAUUAUCGAUCUUCCGGCAUCCCUGCACAUACUGUAGAAACGCACAAGUUGUAACAAACCUGCAACAGACUUGUAGCAAUGCUGUUCCAACAACUUGUCAUCAGGAUGUGUUCACACUGCUUGUUCCCAGCUUGUUGACAAGUUGUCAACGACUUGUUGACAACUUGCUACAAGGUUUAUUGAGUUCAACAGACUUGUUACAAGUUGUUCCAACAACUUGGUAUCGUCCUGCAAUUCACAAUUUGUCAACAAGUUGUGAGUGACAAGCUUGUAGCAACCUGAUAAAAUAACAGCAUUGUUACAACUUGUUGACAAGCUUGCUACAAGCCUGUUGCGAACACAUCUUGUUGACAAGUUGCGUGAUUUUUGCGUGUGUACCUCACAGGUUGAACUUGAGCUUAACGAACUUCUGCCGACGUUCGGUUACGACGAAGACACUCCAAUCAUCAUUGGUUCGGCACUCUGCGCCCUGGAAGACCGCAAUCCAGAGAUUGGACUGGAAUCUGUGAAAAAACUCCUCGAGGCAGUCGACUCGUAUAUCCCUACACCCCCACGUGAUCUGGAUAAACCAUUCCUGAUGCCUGUCGAAGACGUGUACUCGAUUGCCGGUCGGGGCACGGUCGUGACAGGCCGUAUUGAACGGGGCGUUGUCAAGAAAGGGGACGAGGUGCAGUUUGUUGGACAUAAGAGUGGUACUAAGACCGUGGUUACAGGUAAGACCAAUGUAUUCAGCAUAUUACUGGAACAUAGUCAACCAGUGGUUUUGGUUUUUUUGGGACACCCUGUACAGUAUACUGUGACUUUAAUCAAAAGGUUUGUGUUAGGAAGAGGAGGGGCACCAUGCAAUGGACUUUACGUCCAGUUUGUGCCUUGUCCGUUUGAGUACAGCACUUUUAAUUGCAUGUUUAGAUGAAUUUUGUUGAAUUAAUUUGUAUUCAAUAAAGUUCAACAAACAGACACAGCUCAACCUGAUCCAGUUGAAGGCUUACUAAGGGCGGCUCUGGCAACCACCUUAUGACUCAUGUCUGGUCACGGAGGGCGGCUCUGGCAGCCACCUUAUGACUCAUGUCUGGUCACGGAGGGCGGCUCUGGCAACCACCUUAUGACUCAUGUCUGGUCACGGAGGGCGGCUCUGGCAGCCACCUUAUGACUCAUGUCUGGUCACGGAGGGCGGCUCUGGCAGCCACCUUAUGACUCAUGUCUGGUCACGGAGCAUAGCUACUGUGGAAGGGUUACUUAGGGGGCUAAUAUUCAGAAACACUGAACCAAGUUUCGUUGACUUUGUAUUCUUCAAACUCGAUAAACAAUCUUGUAAAAAUUAGGAGAGUAGUAAGGUGUUUCAAUUUAGAACAGUUAAGAGUGGCUCUCAAUCAGCAUAUCAAUCAUUCAACAAUAUUAAUCCUUCGAAUUUUCGAAAGUUAAAUUAUAACAAAGUCAAAUUUUCGAUUUUUCUUUAAGGUCUUGAAAUGUUUCACAAAACGCUAGACCGAGGGGAGGCUGGUGACAACUUGGGAGCUUUAGUACGUGGUAUAAAGCGAGAUGAAGUGAAGCGUGGUGUUGUGCUAUGCGUCCCUGGUUCAGUGACCUCACAUUUUAAGUUUCAAGCUGAGGUAUAGUUCUGUGUUACAUAAGAUAUUGUAUAAACGUUUAAGCCUAUCAAACACCACAGGUGGACCUCUAGAGAGAACUAUUUAGAACUGAUAGAUCUAUCCAGUCUAAAUAAAGUUAAGUUUACUCCUGUAGACUAGUAAGUAGUAAAACUGGAUCAAUCAGAGAUGAUCCUUACUGGACCCCUAUAGGGAGAACAGUUCAGAACUGAUCCAGUAUAAAUAUAUCCAGUAUAAAUAUAAAUAAACUUACUGUAGUUUAGUUAAGUUUAGGUUUAUUCCUGCACUAAUAUUGGAUCAAACAGAGAUGGCCCUUACUGGACCUCUAGGGAGAACAUUUUAGAACUGAUAGAGCUAUUAUAUAAAGUUAGUUUAGUAUAGGUUUCCGCUUGUAGUAACACUAGAUCAAUUAGAGAUGAUCAUUACUGGACCUCUAUGGAGAACAGUUUAGAAAUAAUCGAGCUAUCCAGUCGAAAUAAGUUUAGUUUAGGUUUACAGUACUCCUCUAGUAACACUGGAUCGAUCAGAGAUGAUCCUUACUGGACCUCUAGGGAGAACAGUUUAAAACUGAUAGAACUAUCAAGUACUGCAUAAAUAAAGUUAGUUCAGUUUAGGUUUGCUCCUGUAGUAACACUGGAUCAAUCAGAGAUGACCUUUACUGGAGUUACAAUAUCAUGCAUGGGCGGAUUUACUGGGGGGGGGGGGUUAGGGGGGUUAACCCCUCCCCUUAGAAUCUAUCUAACCCCUCUUAUAAAGUGUUCAACCCCACCAAAAUUUCGCUUCACCCCUCCUAUUUUGUGUGAAAGUCUUUAACCCUAACGCCUAACCCCUGUAAAAAGCUCGCUCAGUGGUGCCGCUUGCACCCCACUAGAAAUAUUUCCACCCCUCCUUUAAAAAAAUGAAAACCCGCCCUUGAGUUACAUGUAUCCAGUAUAAAUGAAGAUAUUUAAUAAGUCUUGUUUAUAUAAGUUUAGGCAUGGUUCCUAUACGGUAGUUUAUAGAUGUAAUCAUUGCCUUUUUACAUUCGGAAAGUUCUUUCAAAACGCAACCAACUAAAUUUUACUUCUGUGUUACAACUAGGUGUACAUUUUAAAGAAAGAAGAGGGAGGUAGACACAAGCCAUUUGUAACAAACUACACUCCUCAGAUGUUCGUCCGUACUGGCGACGUCGCUGCGACGAUAACUCUCCCAGAUGACAAGCAGUUUGUGAUGCCGGGAGAAAACGCUAAUCUUAGCUUUGAACUUAUGUGGGACAUGCCUCUCGAAGUGGGACUCAGGUUUACAUUACGCGAGGGUAGUAAGACUGUUGGUACUGGGGUGGUCACAAAACUUGGCGAUUAAACAAAGUAUUCAGUAUCAUAAGUUAUAGUGUGUAAGUAAUAUCGGUACCUCUCAGAAGAUCUUAAUACUCUACCUGAACCUCAACGAGAACGGUUUAUUCGCUUCCAUACCAUUAGAAAACUGUAAUGAUUGAUCAUGCAAGUCUGUUUUAACAGACUCAGUAUAAUUAUAUGAGAGAUAAGUGAUGAGAUUUAACAAUGUAUUCCCAUACCCUUUAUAUAUCUUCCGAUAACUAUACUGGAUUCGUAUAGUUGAAUCUUUAUCAACCGAAGUUUUUAAGCACUACCUACACUAGCACAGGAUUUUAACAUAUACAUAAGCAUGGAUUUUGGUAUAUAUAUGUACAUAGUUAAUAUAUUAACUAUGAUAUAUAAGCGUGCUCAUGAGUAUAUUGGAUUUUGGUACAGUAUACACAGUAUAUAUGCUCAUGAGUAUAUACUGGAUUUUGGUGUAUAUAUAUAUAUAAGCGUGCUCAUGAAUAUCCUGGAUUUUGGUAUAUAAAUGACCGUGCUUAUGAGCAGUGGGGUCAAGUAACGAAGUAAAUGUACUUCGUUACUGUACUUGAGUACUAUUUUUGAGAAGUGAGCAUGUAACAAAGUAAACUUUUUCUGGAGUACUUUUACUUGGAACGAAGUCGUUUUAGGAAGUAACGUUUUACUUCGUUAUUUUCAUUUUGUGGCGAAGUAUUUCGUUACUUUCUAACUUUUGUUUAAUUUUACGUGAUUUAUUCCGAUUUAUUUUAAUUUUGGGAUAGGUAAUAGGACCUCUACAUGCGUCUGGGAUCUCUUGUUUGUGGCUUACGUAUAAGCAUUUAUUUAAUGGAUUUCUUAUCUCUUGAACGGAGUCUGGAAAGAAGACCAUGCCGUGAAAUAUUGUAUUUUUGUCAUUUGUAUGUCAAAUCCAUUGGAAAAGCCCCCCCCCCCCUUUUACACACUACAGACAAUUAUAGUACUUUUACUUUUUACUUCAAGUAUUUUUUAAGGAUACUUUGUACUUAAGUACGUUUUGCCUCCAGUACUUUUUACUUUUACUCAAGUUCUUUUAUUGUUAAUUACUUCUACUUUUACUCGAGUACAAACAGGGCUUUCAGAAUUAUUCAGAGUAGGCGUCUGUUUUGAUAAAGUAGGCGGCUGUUGGAAGGGGGCGGUCUAAAAUUUGAGACUUGGAAAAUUGAUUGACCCCCAAUUUCCAUAGCUCACCCCCACCUACACUUCAUGACCAGUCCCUCGCUUCCAUUCUUCAACAAAGUAACUUCAAGAUUUAAGAUGGCAAAUAACUAAAUCAGUUUUACGAAAUAGUACGUCAUAUUCGAAAAUAACCAGGCUAUAUAAAGUGGACCAAGUUGAGGAAAAAUAACUUUGUUUGAAAGCUCAGAGUGGAGGAAGGAGAGCAGAAUUGAUAAUUCAAGUACUAAACACAGUAACCGGCGGUAAAUUUCGUGCCUCUCCGGCGGCCGCCGGGUUAUUUUGAAAGCCCUGGUACAAAUUCAAUGUAAUUUAGGCACCACUGCUUAUGAGCAUACUGCAUUGUGAUAUAUAUAUAUGAGCGUGCUCAUGAGUGUACUGGAUUUUGGCAAAAUUUUAACAGCAUUUACGAUUAGCAUUUCUGUAGCGCAAAUUGACAUGUGGGUAUGAUCAAAUGAGCUUCAUUUAAAGCAGGCACGGAUUUUCUGGGGAGGGGGGGUGCGCACCCCCCCCCCCACAGAAAUGAUUUGCACCACCCCCCAGAGGCAUUUGGCACCGCCCCCAAAAGUUUUUGCACCCCCGCAAAUUAUAUAUAUAUUUUGAUUUGAUAGUUUCAUAUUUGAUUAUUCUUACUACCAAAUUUGUAAAAUUACCAAUAUUAUGGUCUCAGAUCUCGCCAUGCAGGUCUAGAAAACAAAUUUUGUUAAACUUUUUCCUUGGCCUUUCCGGGCGUUGCCACCAGGCCCCGGCCAAAGCAAGCAGCAGCACCCCCUCAGAUAUAUAUCCACCCCACCCCCCGAACGAAAAUAUGAAAAUCCGUCUCUGAUUUAAAGGGGUAUUGUUUAUCGUGACAAGAAGGUCCUGUUUUGGUACUGGCUGGUGCAUGCAAUAAUUAAAUUAUAUUGACCAAAAAACUACAGACAGUUAAAAUACCAAGGUUAAAAUACUCAUUAAUAAUUUAUAAACCUUAGUAGUUAAAUGACAGGACUUACGUAAGUUUCAGUGACGGUUCAGGAGUACCUUGAAGACAGUAUAAAUAAUAUGUCACGUGGAGUGACUUUAUAUCUGAUAAAACACAUGUGACAUAUAAUUGUUCAUCUUAAUUAGUAUUCUUAUAUAAAGAAUACUAAUGAGACGGCAUCUUUUGUAGUCAUCUGUUGACAGGGUGGGUUAGGCACAUAGGUCUGGAGGCAGAUCAUAAAUGAGGUAUGGACUAAUAGCGGCUGCUCAAGCGCCAUUUGUAAGCUCAAAGUCUACCUCGGUCUGCUUCACAUCAGUCCGGUUCUAUCUAUCUAUUCACAAUGUAACCAGUCACUGAAAAGCCCUGAUAUAGGGAGUGUGCUGUGAAAUAUCUGUAUCUAUUCAAAACACUCGUUGUCGUGUUUUAUCAGAUAUAACGCUCGGCUACGCCUGGCGUUUUAUAUGUAAUAAAACACUCCUACUCGUGUUUUAAAUAGUACUUAAAAUAGUAUUAAAAACAAUUUUAAUAGUCUAAAAACUCAAAUGUUAACAAUUUUCAUCAAAUAAGAUAUAUACUAC